AAGAAGUCGUUGCAAGUGAGAACGUAUACAGACUCGCGGUAUAUUUCAAACAGUGUUAGUGUAACAUGUCAGCUUUAAUUGUAAGCUUCCUGAUCACCAACAGUGUUUUAUGCAGAGCGACAGUUACUUUAACCUCAUUCAGUGUCCCAGAGAAGAAGUCCAACUGUCCACUUGGCUAUUUCCCGUGUGGAAACCUGACCAAAUGCCUUCCGCAGCUCCUGCACUGUAACGGUGAGGAUGACUGUGGUAACCAGGCAGAUGAAGAAAACUGCGGAGAUAACAAUGGAUGGCCUAAUCUGUUUGACAAAUAUUUUGGAAUCCUCAGUGAUGACUUUGGAACCAAGUCCAAGAAAUGCUUGCUGGGGGCCGUCCCUGACUCGUGCCUGUGCCGGGGCCUGGAGCUGGACUGCGAUGGCGCUCUGCUCCGGAGCGUCCCGACGGUUUCCACGAACGUCACCAUGAUGUCUCUGCAAAGAAACAGGCUGAGGAAACUCAAUGCUGAUAUAUUCUAUAAGUACCAGAAUCUUCAGAAACUAUAUCUUCAGCACAAUAGGAUUCGAGUUGUGAACCCACAUGCAUUCAGGGGACUGUAUAAUUUAACAAGACUAUAUUUGAGCUACAAUAAAAUAUCCAUUUUAAAGCCUGGGGUGUUUCAAGAUCUUUAUAAACUUGAAUGGUUGAUCCUGGAAAAUAACAAAAUCAACCAGAUUUCCUCUCUGACGUUCUCUGGGUUACGCUCACUGGUCCUUUUGGUCCUCCUGAAUAAUGCUCUCAGUCAGCUGCAUGACAAGACUAUCUGUCUGGAGAUGCCUAAACUGAACUGGCUUGAUAUGGAAGGCAAUCAGAUUGAGACGGUUGGGAAUGUGACUUUCUCCUCUUGCAAAAUGCUGACAGUGCUGGUUCUACAGCGAAACCGAAUCAGUCGCUUACAUGAAAAUGCUUUCUCACCGCUACAGAAACUUGGGGAGCUAGAUUUGUCAAGUAACCAGAUCAAAACAAUUCCCCCAAAUCUGUUUGUUGAUCUUGGUGAACUCCUACAGCUGAAUAUUUCCUAUAACCCCAUUCUUGAAUUGCAAAUGGACCACUUUGAUAACCUGCAUAAAUUAAAAUCAUUAAGCAUAGAGGGCAUAGAGAUUAGCAACAUACAGAGACGAAUGUUUGAACCUCUGAAGGACCUAACACACAUAUAUUUUAAGAAGUUCCAGUACUGCGGCUACGCCCCGCACGUGCGCAGCUGCAAGCCAAACACGGACGGGAUCUCCUCCUUUGAGAAUCUGCUGGCCAACAUCGUACUCCGGGUCUUUGUCUGGGUAGUCUCGGCCACCACGUGCUUUGGGAACAUCUUCGUUAUUUGCAUGCGAUCUUACAUCAGAUCUGAAAACAAGCUGCACGCCAUGUGCAUCAUAUCUCUCUGUUGUGCAGACGGUCUAAUGGGCGUGUACCUGUUUGUGAUCGGCGCCUUUGACCUGAAGUUCCGAGGCGAGUACAACCGGCACGCCCAGUCGUGGAUGGACAGCGUCCAGUGCCAGGUGGUGGGCUCCCUGGCCAUGCUGUCCACGGAGGUGUCCGUGCUGCUGCUCACCUACCUGACCCUGGAGAAGUACGUGUGCAUCGUCUACCCCUUCCAGUACCUCACCCCGGGCCGCUGCCGCACGGUCAGCGUGCUGGUGUCCAUAUGGGUCCUGGGCUUCGUCAUCGCCUUCCUCCCGCUCGUCGGGAAGGGCUUCUUCCGGAAUUUCUACGGCACCAACGGAGUGUGUUUCCCGCUGCACGCCGAGCAGCCUGAGACUGUGGGGGCGCAGGUGUACUCGAUUGUCAUAUUCCUGGGCUUGAAUCUGGUGGCCUUUCUUAUUAUAGUGUUCUCAUACGGAAGCAUGUUUUACAACAUCCAGAAGACAGGCACAAGAGCGACAGAGUACAGCAAUCACAUCAAAAAGGAGGUGACCAUCGCGAAGCGUUUCUUCUCCAUCGUGAUCACAGAUUCGCUCUGCUGGAUACCCAUUUUUGUGCUAAAGAUUUUAUCUUUGAUGCAGGUGGAAAUUCCAGGCACAAUCAGUUCUUGGGUGGUGAUUUUCAUCCUUCCAAUCAACAGCGCGCUCAACCCAAUCCUGUACACGCUCACAACGCGUCCGUUCAAGGAGACCCUCCUCCAGGUGUGGAUCAACUACAGGCAAAGGAGGCCUCUCUCCCGCGCCCAUCCCGCCUACACGCCCUCCUUCACCUGGCUGGAGAUGUGGCCCGUCCAGGACGCCGCCCCGCCGCUGUCCUCGCCCGAGUACCUGGCCCACCCUUCCGAAAUGUCCUCGGGACGGUGCGAGCUGCUGCCCGCCAAGAGCCGGAGUGCAGUAUGAGCCCGUCUGACUGGCUAGGCCUUUUCCCACCCAGAACCACCCAACCCAAUACUCUCCCCUCAAUGGUCCUUUCUUCUGAAUGGGUGCUAUUCUUUGCUGGUUGGGCCUGAAUGGUAGCUGCCCCUGUCUCAUUUAACUUGUCUGCCUCAGAAAUAUGUGCAACAUGGAAUGAUAGUUUGACAGAUUGGUAUUAGAAAUGCAGACUGCAGUACAAAUGAAUGAGGAAUAACAACAACAUUCAACAUCUAGAAAACUAGCUAAGGAAGAAGAAUAAAAUCUAUUGGACGAUUUAUCCAUCUUCUGAAAACUGGGGCUUUUUCUAUGGAGCAACACAGCAUGUAUUCAUUUUUUUUCAGCACGUGGACCAAUAUUGUGGGCUCAUUCAAAAGGAUUCACAUCAGUCAAAGACCUGGUUCAUCUCAAGAAUAUCCUUAUGAGCCAUAUGUUAUGACUCGCCAUGAUUAUCUACUUUCAGUCAAAUUGGACAGCAGGCAGCUAAACACGCAUUGAUUUUUAUGUUUUGACAGUGUUGUAUGCUAUUCACCAUCAAUAACUUUGAAUAUGAAAUGUUGUAAAAAAACUGUUAUGUAUAUACAGUAGAAUUGAAAUUCUAUAAUGCAAACAGCCCUCAUUAUGAGAGUUAACUGUUAUUCAGAAACUCAGAGAACAACUGAUGUUGUAUAUAUUUCCAUAUAAUGUGUAGUGUAUGCAGUGGAAGUACUGGUUCCUGUUGAGUGACAUCAAGUGUCCAAAUAGCACCUCAUUACACAGGUUAUAUAAUCCAUCUUUGAUUUCACUAUAAGUUUUUUUUUUUACAACUUUUUUACAACUCUGGUUACCCAAAUUUUAUUUUAAAAUACCAAUACCUUUACACCAAGGCUGGCCAUUCAACAUAUUAACCAAUGCAUGAAUGGUUCGUUUCGACCAUGUCAAAUGUUCAGUUGUCUAGUUCAAUCUAUGAUGAGUUAUGACAAUAUAAAGGAACUCGCCUACGAUUACUUCUCAAUGGAAAGAAACAUCUUUCCCCACCAUUUGCAGUAUUCAGUAGGGAGAGGAGGCCUCACGCAAUUCAACAGAAAUUAGACUGCACUGACCUGAUCUGUUGUAAACUGCCUCAAAACUAUAUGUAUUUAAUCUGAGUAUAUGAAAGGGUCCUAGAACAUGAAUGUUUUGAAUAAUUAUAUGUCUGAACAACAGCGUAAGAGCAAUGAAAUGAUAAUGUGAAUGGAUGCAGCCUUGAUGAAAAAAAUUCAAUAUUAUUUGUGCUGCUAAUUCUAUUAUAAAGACAUAGGGCGGAGCCUCUGAAAGCCUAUGUUAUGAUUGCAUUGGUGUAACUACUUUCCAGUGUUGUACUAACUGUAUGGAUUUCAUUAUUAUUUAUGCUAAACCUUUUUCUGGCAUGUGAAAUUGUGUAAUUUAAAAUACAAUUUAAAAUUCUGUCCCAAAUGAAUAAAAUUAUACUUUACAAGCACCUGCUCUAUAGUUAGUCCCUUACUGCCUGGGUUUUUAAAGCAGGGGUCCUCAAACCGCUAGCAGUCCUUCAAGGCACUGUAGUGGGUCCUUGGCCAGACGUGAUAUGCAAUGACAAUAUAUAGAUUUGGGAAAGUAUUUGUAAAUAUAAACCCCUUUAAAAAUAAAAAGGAAUAUGACCCUUUUUAUCUUAUGGUGGUGGUCCCCUGGAUGUCUUUGGGCCUAGGUCCCUGCAUCAGAAAAAGUUGAGAACUCCUGCUUUACAGAAAUCAACUGAAGAAGCAUGUAGAAGCAAAGACAGUAUGUUUUGCAUCUCACUCUGAAAUCACAAAAGACAGACAACCCCUGACUUGUAUUAUAUUGUACUUCUGGAGUUUAUUGUCCUUUACUUCAUUUAAGUUAUGUCACCAGUAGAUGGUGCUGAGGUCAC